CAUCUCCGCGCAUCGGGCGGCGAGCCUCCACAGCGCCAUGCCGCCGAUCUUCGCCGCCAUCAAUGAGUGAGAUGAAGUACCGCUCCACCACGGCAUGUACAAGGUGAGGAAGGGCGAGGUCCCCAUCGGAGACACGGCCGGAAAAGAAGCACUGCAGCCACGAGACACUGCCCGGAGCUGCGACGCGGUAGAUCAGACGGGCCGCCACCAGGAACCAGACAAGCUCGCCAUGCACACCCAGCAUCCCCAUGCCCAAAUCGGCGCCUUCAAGAAGGUGACGACGCUGUGGCACCGCCGCCGCUUAGCCACCGGGGCUAGGGUUUUCACCCGGGCGCAGGGGAAGGGGGGAGUCAGGGGAGGUUUAGCCUCGGCGCCGCCACCAAGGAGGGAAUGCCGUCCGGGACGCCAUCGACGCCGUGACCACCACCGGCGGCCAAGGGUUUCCCCCGGCCAAGCACCCUGCCGCCACCUCCGAACCAGCAACAACAUCAGCAGGCGCGUGCACGCCGGAGAUCCAGGCCGGCCGGAGGUCAUGCAUCACGAGCGGACCAGAUCGCCUCCGAUCUGACGAGGGGAGCCCGGGGCCUCCCGCGCCAUGACCAGCGCCCACCGGAACCUCGCUGCCCGCGCAGCCGAGGGGAUCCGGCCUACCUCACCGACGAGCACUCCCCGCCGCAGAAGGAGCGCCGUCCGCACCAACGAGGCCGCCGCCUCAGAUCCAGGCCCUCACCAGCGAAGACCAUGGCAGCCAGAGCCGGAUGCAUCAGAUCGGGCGGAUCCGGACACCAGCGCCAUGACAACGCGCAGAUAACCGGGAGACGACCCGCCGUGCCGAGUGCCCCCCAGCGCCACGAGCAAGGUCCCCCGCCGCCGCCGUCGGCCGCGAGGCUUCGCCUUGCGGCGUCCUCCGGCGGCGGCGGAGAGGGGUGGCUGGGAUACUGGCGGCGGCGGCUAGGGCUGCAGAGUCCGCCCCGUUUUAAGAUACCGGUGCGGUUCUUGGGAGGCAGUGAUGUUUCCAAGCAGGCAAAGGGAUCAGUUUCUUAUUCUUUUCCCACAAAUUCGAGAAAUGCCAACAUGAAGUCUGUGGGCUUGAAGAUAGCAGCAUCCUUAAAAAAGAAUAGUGGACUUCCAGCUGAUGGUUGCUUGGAAAAUGAUGACACGCUGUCGCUAAAGAGCACUUCUGUGCGAGCCCAGGACCAUCCAACCACAAACUCUGUUAUUGUUGCAGCAGAAAUCAUAUCUACUGAUCUGUCAUGUGUCGUGGACACAUUGUCAAACGAAGAAGACGAUGCUGAACUUGAUCUGGAUAGCCCGACCGAGGGCUUCUCAUCUAUUUCGGAGGCUAUUGAGGACAUUCGACAAGGAAAACUUGUGAUUGUCGUUGAUGACGAAUCAAGAGAAAAUGAAGGUGAUCUUAUAUUGGCUGCUUCUUUGGUUACCCCAGAGGCUAUGGCUUUCAUAGUAAGGCAUAGCACAGGAAUUGUGUGUGUUAGCAUGAAAGAAAAUGAUCUGGAAAGAUUGAACCUUCCUUUGAUGGUUUCAACAAAGGAAAAUGAGGAGAAGCUAUGUACUGCUUUCACCAUUACUGUGGAUGCUAAAGAAGGCACCACGACUGGGGUAUCUGCAAAGGAUAGGGCAAAGACAGUCAUGACUCUUGCAUCUCCUUACUCAAAGCCUGAAGAUUUCAAUCGGCCUGGCCAUAUUUUCCCUCUGAAGUACAGAGACGGGGGUGUUCUCAAACGAGCUGGACACACUGAAGCAUCUGUUGAUCUUGCUGUGCUGGCUGGGUUACCUCCUGUUGGAGUACUCUGUGAGAUUGUGGAUGAGGAUGGGUCCAUGGCUCGCUUACCCAAGCUGCGCGUGUUUGCUGAAAAGAAUAAUUUGAAGAUCGUAUCGAUUGCUGACUUGAUUAGAUAUAGGAGAAAAAGAGACAGACUAAUUGAACGUGCAUCUGUUGCACGCUUACCUUUGAGAUGGGGCAAUGUCCGUGCUUACUGCUACAGAUCUGUUAUUGAUGGGAUCGAGCAUAUCGCAAUGGUGAAAGGUGAGAUUGGAGAUGGUCAAGAUAUUCUUGUGAGGGUCCAUUCCGAGUGUCUCACAGGAGACAUUUUUGGAUCAGCAAGAUGUGAUUGUGGUGACCAGCUUGCAAUGUCAAUGGAGAGGAUUGAGAAGGCUGGAAGGGGUGUACUAGUUUAUCUUCGUGGGCAUGAAGGGAGGGGCAUUGGUCUGGGUCACAAGCUUCGUGCUUAUAACUUACAAGACGAUGGACGCGACACUGUGGAGGCUAACGAGGAACUAGGACUGCCUGUGGACUCGAGGGAAUAUGGGAUCGGUGCACAGAUAUUACGCGAUCUAGGAGUCCGUUCAAUGAAGUUGAUGACUAACAAUCCUGCCAAAUAUGUUGGUCUGAAGGGUUACGGGUUGAGCAUUGUUGGUAGGGUGCCCUUGGUAACUCCAAUAACCACUGAGAAUCAGAGAUACUUGGAGACCAAAAGAACGAAAAUGGGGCAUGUAUACUCCAAUUGACCUUCCGACCCAAAGCAACGGAACAGAUUAGAAGCGCUAGGCCAACUGGACUUGCUUCCAUUCACAUUUUUAUCUGAUGAUAUUCUUCUACAGUUGAGUUUCUGGGAUUAUUUCAAUCCAUAUGUUCCAGGUGAAUUGUUUUCGAGGCCAUGAUAGGUGGAAAUAUAAAUAUUUGGCCAGUAAUAAUAAUUAUUAUUAUCCAAUUGUCCCAUAGUUUCUUUGUAAUUCCCAGAUUUUACAAACACAUUAUUGUAAAUAUGCAAAAUUGAAGAGGUUUAGCUUCUUUUUUUUUU